AUGUCAAGCAAAAAACGCAAACAGGUUGAAAAUCCAACGAAACUUGACGGCGAACCUGCCCAAGCCUACUAUAUUCGUCUUUUGACUCAUCUCUAUAAUCAUGGAUUCGUGAACGAUGCUCUUUAUCGGUUCGGUCUAGUUACAAUUGUUCGCAAAGGAGACGCCGCCUAUUUUGAAUUAGAGAAGUUUCUGCUCGCAUAUGCUGUCGAUGGUCAAUCGUUCCCGGUAGUAUUUUGGCUUGAGGAGAGGAUGCCGAAGAAGGAACAUAUUGGUCUCGUACUACAGUCUGAGCUGCAAAAGACCGCUCUCAAGGGUGUUUCCCAAUAUGCUAUGAAUGCUGCGGUUGCUGCUGGAAGUGGCUUACUUGCUAUUAUCAUGCAACGCUUGGUUCAAAAGUUUUCGUCCUGA